AUGUGCAACAAGAAGCCUGAGGCGAGUCAAAACACAAAUCAAUAUGUUCAUAUGAUGUAUGCAUAUCUGAAGCAGACUCCUCUGAGACUUCAUGGAGUUUCGCUGACUGGCAGAGAUGGCCCCAGGAGAAUCUGCAGUGGUGUUGCGAUUCCCUUCAGUUUGAUUACGAACUUCUUCAGAGCUCGGAAUGUUCUUUCCGUGGUGUAUUACUCUUGCCAGAAUGAUGGAUAUAUUGCAGUUAAAACCUUCAAUGAGGCGAACUACGCAUCAGUGAUAGUCUCAAAAGACCCUAAAAAUAAUCCAUCAGUGCUAUUUUCCAGGAAAAACGGAAUUGUAGUAGAUCUAUCAUGUGGUUUUGUGCCUAAUUUAUUGACAACCGCUAGUGAAAAUUACCUCUUCAGGGAAAUUAUAUCUUGGAUCUUUAUUAAAACUGAGGAGAAUGAAAAUAUGCAGUUUCUUCUGCAAACAUAUAUUCCUAUGAGCAGUGAAGUAGCUCUAUUUUCUCAUUCCAAUGGUUCUUGGAACAUCUUCGAUCUCUAUUCGGUGUCUAAAGAGUUCGAUCUGAUAAUCACUCCUAUUCAAGCCAAUGUGAUAAAUCGGAGGAAAAAAUCUCUUAAUGGAAUUAAAAUUAAAGCUACAAUUGCGUUUCAUCAUCCAGAGCGACUAACCAGAGUUGAUGAUAUUAGAAUGCGGCAUUUGGACACCAUUCCAAAGAUAAUCUACCAGAUUUUGAUGAACCUAGCGUUAGACCUUAACAUCACGUACAACCUCAGACAAACGGAUUCAUAUGGUUACUUUAAGAAUGGUUCAUGGACAGGAGUUAUGGGCCACUUUGAGAAGAAACAAAUUGAAGUAGGUAUGAUGAGUGCCUUCUUGAGAGAAGAUCGGAUGAAGUUGGUGGAGUAUAUCACAGAGUCCUAUAUUCUAAGAUCCCCUCUAAUGUUCAGACAACCAUCUUUGGCAUCUGUUUCUAAUAUUUUUACCCUUCCUUUUGGCUUGGAUGUGUGGUGGUCUUUCAUUGUUUUGAUAAUAGUCCUGAUUCUGCUGCAAGUCCUGAUUAUCACGACUCCGAUGAUGCGAAAUGAGUAUUCUCUCUUAGACUCAAUCUCUUUCGUCUUGGGCGCUAUUUGUCAACAAGGCUUCGAUCGUAACUCUUUCCUAUUAUCGUGGAGAAUCUUUCACUUUGUCAGCUUCUUAUCUUCACUCUUUCUAUUCUCAUCCUAUUCAGCGAAUAUUGUAGCACUACUUCAAAGCCCUAGCAAUGCUCUCCAAUCUGUGUCCGAUGUUACACAUUCAAACCUUAAAGUUUUGGUUCAAGAAAAUGAAUACAAUCCUAUCCUUUACGGCGAAACCACAAAUCCGGAAGUGAUAGAGUUGUACAAGAAGAAGAUAAAGCCAUUCGGAGACAAAGCUUAUGAAGUGGCUGAAGUUGGAGUGAUCAAGAUAAGGACAGGAAAAUUUGCUUAUCAAGUAGAAACACACACAGCUUAUAAGAUAAUAAGCGAUAUUUACACUGAGUCGGAAAAGUGUGGACUUAAGGAAAUCGAGAGUAUUAGUAUACCUCGACAUUCUCUACCCAUUGUAAAAAAUUCAUCUUAUAGAGGAAUUUUUAGGGAACGCUUGACGUGGCAACGAGAAGUUGGUCUAUACGAUGCGACUUUGCAGCGUUGGGUUGUGCAAAGGUUUAAAAAAUGUGAGGGAAAUGUUGGAGAAUUUGCCAGUGUUGGGAUUUUAGAAUGUCGUCAUGCAUUCAUGAUUGCAAUUCUUGGAUGCCUUGUAAGUUUAAUUAUAUUCAUAAUUGAGGAUGGGAGAGCAAUUAGAGGUGGUUUUUUGUCUGGCGCUCCCCAGAAGGCGAUCCACUCUCGUAAUGAUGUUGUGGGAACAAUAAGAACAAUCGUCCUGAGUGUCUCCAUUUGGGUCAAGUGUGGCAAUGCCACUGUCUUCCCGGGUGGGCUCUUUCCUCCCGCCCACACGCGGAGAAGUGUUCCCCUGGUGUGGAAGUCAUUCUGGGGCGCGUGCGCUCACUUUCACUGGAAAGUGAUGCUCCUCACGGCCGGAGAUGCUGAAGAUCAUCCAGCUCUAGUGCCCUCAGUCGGGGUGUUGCUGUGGCAGCGUUCGGUGCCUCCUUUCGUCAGUGUAUCUGUCGCUCGCGGUGUCCAGACUCAAAGAAUGCGAAAGUACUUUGCCAAGUGCAAAUUAACAGAACUCUCGAGAGCGCAACAGGCUAAAGAAAAGCCACUUUCCCACCUGCUCGGCGCCUCUGUUGAAUUGCCCGAGGGUGGAUAA